UGCCAUCAGCACCCACCCUAACUAGUGUCCAUGAAGAAUCGGGAGGCAUCAAGGUGAUGUGGUCAGUUGAAGGUCACCAUGACAAGGUCAUCGUGACUGCCCAGCCUCAAGAAGGUGAUAAAGCCCGCAAAGAAGUAAAAGUCUCUGAUAACCAGCCACAGAGUUGUAUCAUAGCCGCAUCAAGACUGGAGAAAGGGCAGACUUACACUGUUAGUGUAAUUGCUGAGUCUAAUGGUGUCACAUCCCCAGCCUCAGGAGAACGAACAGUCACACUUGUGCCAUCAGCACCCACCCUAACUAGUGUCCAUGAAGAAUCGGGAAGCAUCAAGGUGAUGUGGUCAGUUGAAGGUCACCAUGACAAGGUCAUCGUGACUGCCAAGCCUCAAGACGGUGAUACAGUCCGUGAAGAAGUAAGAGUGUACGAUAACCAACCACAGAGUUGUAUCAUAGCCGCAUCAAGCAUGCAGAAAGGGCAGACUUACACUGUUAGUGUAAUUGCUGAGUCUAAUGGUGUCACAUCCCCAGCCUCAGGAGAACGAACAGUCACACUUGGUGGAAAUGGCAUGAAUGGCAGUACCUCAGGAGUGCCAUCAGCACCCAAGUCUGAGUCUAAUGGUGUCACAUCCCCAGCCUCAGGAGAACGAACAGUCACACUUGGUGGAAAUGGCAUGAAUGGCAGUACAUCAGGAGCACCCAAGUCUGAGUCUAAUGGUGUCACAUCCCCAGCCUCAGGAGAACGAACAGUCACACUUGGUGGAAAUGGCAUGAAUGGCAGUACCUCCGGAGAGUUUGGCAUGGUUAACUUGGACAAAGAACGGUUGAGGGUCAACAGAACGUUUAUUUUAAGUGAAGUUGAAUUUCAAGAUGUGCGAGAUUUGCUAUUUGAGAAGAAAAUAUUGAGUGAAGACGAUGUGCAGAGAUGUCAGUGUCAGACUACACCCAAAGAUCGAAUGGUCUGUUUACUGGACAUGUUACCGAAGCGAGGGCCAAAGGCUUUCGAGGUUUUCUGCUUAUCUCUGAAGGAUUCACAUCCAUGGGUGGUAGAACAACUUAUGUCUUCUGUAUCAAAGAAAGUGGAUAUGAACACAAGCAGUCCUCAAAGUCAAAUUUGAUGGAUACCUUGACUGAGAUAUUGACUGAGGACAAAGAAGAGCAGAGCCCGCAGGUUGCUGGCAGACCACGUACGGCCGGAGAGAAAGUCAGCAUGAGCUGGACUUGAACCCACAGUGACCGCAUGGGUGAGAAGCUCCAGGGUCAUAAAUCUGGGCUAGGGCACCAGCCAUCGGAACCACGGAGGCCCCAACCUUUGUAUCAUUUAUAAAUUACAUGGCAUGAUAAUAGGCAUCUCCGUCAGAAAAAAAUGUGAAUUGACAUAUUUCCUGUUACUCUUAAAUCAGGGGUAUUGAUACCCAGUAUAAAGAAUAUUUCCAACAAAUCUCAUUGGAUCUGAAAAUAGACAGUAGAUGAUAAUUGGUAACUUGCACCAACUUUCAAUCUUCUGAAAUGACUUAAUCGGUUUCGCUAUUAUUGACGAAUUAUAUUCAACAAAAAGGCUAUGUACUUCUGGAGUAAAUAAUUGUAAAUCAUUUUAGAAACACAAGUUUAUUAAGAUAUUAUUUUUGAUACGGUACUGAUGUUUUUUUCCAGCAGGCUGUUUUGCCUUUCAAACAUACCUCAAAAUAACACAAAAGUUAACGUUUGUGGAUUGUCUCAGGUGUCUUAUUCACUGUUUGUGAAAACAAAAAAGUGCAACCAUAUUUGUAGUUUACUGUACUUUAUGUAAAGGCGCUUCCUCCUUAAACAUAAGGAGAGACUCAGUCACACAACGAAAAAGUUCUCUUAUGUCCGCCUUUUGACUGUUUUUUGUAGAACAAAUUGUCAAUAUCUAGAUUUAACGUCUCUGUAGUUUCUUCCCCUUUGAUGCCUGACAUUGCGAUACGCCUUGUAAAUGUUAACCCAUGUCUUAGCUAUAUUAACCUAUUUUUCUCGACGAUACGGCCUGGUUUCUGAUUAGUCUUUUGCAGAAAAGUUUGCCAUUUACUAAACAUUUGGGAGAAAUAGAUACAGUUUUCCGCAAUAGUAUAGGUACCAGUACAUGUGUCUAGUUGACUGUUUCUUCCGCCUCAAAGCCGGGAGAUCUCGGGAUCAAACACGGGUUGGGCAAUAUCAAAGACUUUAAAAAUCGUACUUGCUGGUGCCACGCUUGAAGCUCAGCACUGACAGGUUAGAGCUAGGAAACAUGACUGCUGGGCCUAGCGUCAGUAUAAUUUGACUGACUGGGGUGUCAUGUCUGGUGUCUUCGGCAUGAUGCUCCAGUGCGGCAGCACUGUGGCGUCAUGGACUCGCCCUGCCACAAGAAGACACAAAAUAUGUACACACACCUAAUGACUCCUGGUCGUAUGACUGAAAGUAUUGUUAAGUUACGUUAUAGGUAUUGUUAAUACGUUAAACCCAUUGAUGAUGUUAAUAUCCUCAAUGAAGUGGCCUUGGGCUUUGGGGUAUUCGAGGUUUUACAAUAUAUUCCCUCAGUUAUUCGAUGCUUCCGUUGCCAACGUUUUAAUCGUGUAGCUUCCGAAUGCCGUGGUAAUCAGAGGUGCCUUCGAUGCAGCCAAAGGCAUGAGUACAACGAUUGUCCCUAACAAAAAUGCCCCUAAGUGUGUAAACUGUGGAAAUCUCCACAGCUCAGUAAAUUGGGGUUGCCCAAAACUUAAAGAGGCGAAUAAAGCCCAGUUUAUUAGAGUUACAGAAAAAGUGUCCUUCGCUGAGAAGGACACUCACAAGGUUCGAGAACCCAGGAAAGUAAGGCCAUGAAUUUUUCAUAGGAUCCUGGUUUUGACGAAUCCAUUUGGGAUAUCCCGACUGGUCAAGAGCAUGCAAUUCCAUGUAGUUCACAUUGUAGAUCAUAAAGGUAUCUUUAGGCAAAUGUUCAAAGAAAAGCACUAGUACCGAAACUGAUUCUGAGGCGGCUGUUCAGACCGAAAUGAAUAGUUCGUCUACAGUAAUAAGUGUUGUUACUCUGCUAACAGGGAUACUGUUUCAUUAUAUCAAAGUGUCAAAAGGGAAAUUUAUUUAUUUAUUUAUUUUAAUUGGUGUUUUACGCCGUACUCAAGAAUGUUUCACCUAUACGACGCCGGCCAGCAUUAUGGUGGGUGGAAACCGGGCAGAGCCUGGGGGAAACCCACGACCAUCCGCAGGUUGCUGGCAAACCUUCUCACAUACGGUCGGAGAGGAAGCCAGCAUGAACUGGUUUUGAACUCACAGCUAGCGCACUAACCAACUGAACCACGGAGGCCCCUGGGUCAAAAGGGAAAAAAGUAAUUGACCAUAUUGCUGAAUGUGCAGAGCGUCAUCUUGGUAGUUCUGUCGUCGAUAUUAAGGAAUUGUGGGGAAAAACGCAGCAGUAAAUCUUUACGCAUAAAUACUGGAUAAGUUCCAAUAUGUAUAUUUGUGUGGAAUCUCGGGUUGUAUACUUACUAUAAUGUCCUUCAACAUCUUGCAACAAAACACCCCGUCGUGGUAUGCCCAUGGUCAGGAAUUUAAUUUUUUCCUUUCUAAUCUUGAUCCAAAACCAGACAUAGUUUGUUUACAGGAAACAUUUUUGAAGCCUGAGUAUGAUUUUAGUUUUCCUGGAUAUGGUAUAAUUAGAGAAGACAGGUUAUGUGGGAGCAGAGGUGGCUAUGUUUAUCAAGAAUGGCCUCUCAUUUAGUGAAGUAAAGUUACCCCCAUUCAAAGUUAUUGAGUGCCAUUGUUUGCAGGUGGUAAAGGACAGUAACAGGUCGGAUAAUGUUGUAAACUUAUAUAACCCAUGUAAGAAGCGAGACUACAAUCAUCUUAAGACCUUACUGGGUCAAUGUGCUCCGAAUCCUGUUAUUAUCUCUGGUGACUCCAAUGCGCACCACCCUGUGUGGGGCAGCACUGGUAUUGACACAAAUGGUAGAAUUUUGUAUGAGGUUAUCCAAGAUUAUGAACUGGUCUUAUUAAAUGAAGGUUCUGGAACUCUUUUAAAUGCGUAUUCAUGGAAACUUUCAGCAAUAGACCUGACAUUAUCAUCCAAAAGACUAGGCUCUAUGUGCACGUGGUCAAUAGAUUAUCACUCUCCUUGUGGAAGUGACCAUUAACCAGUAUCGGUAUCAACUCUGAAAUAUUCUCUUGUAUUGAAGCAUCUCCUAAUAACUCAGCAUCAUCUGUUUUAACACGUGUGAAUAUGACAGCAUUUUGAAUGUUCAUGAGAAGUAUAAGCCAUUUAAUCUUAGAGCACUGGAUAUAAUUGAACGUUCUGACUGUAACACAAGUUGCCUUCAAAAAAUCUCUGUCCCUAACUUUCCACAUUGGCACUUGGUUCCCUCCUACAUCCCAUUAGAUCUUUAAAAUAUAAUUAAGAAAUCUGAUCCGGUAAAUGUCAUAAAAUCCUUUGCAAUGAGUUACUUCUGCGAAAAUUUCAGACACUGUCUGAAUAUUUACACGGAUGCAUCCAAAUGUCCGGAGAGUGGCAAAGCGGGAACAGCAUUUUGUAUCACAGGGCUUAAAUAUAAUAAAAGCUUCCGGUUAUCCGAUUUCAGUUCAGUAUUUGCUGCUAAACUUAUGGCUAUUUUAACAUUUCUGUAUUUUUUGCUGGACUGUAAUCCGAAUAAUGUUGUUAUUUUUACGGAUUCUUUAAGUGCUUAGAAAGCCAUAAGAAACUUCAGUUGGAGUGUAUCCUUAUCCAUGGUUUUAGAGGUUUUACAUAUUUGUACAGUGCUACAUUUUAAAGGAGUUAAACUCAGUCUUGGUUGGGUCCCAGGACAUGCAGGCAUAGCUGGAAAUGAAUUGGCAGAUUUCCUAGCAAAACAAGCUCUUGCUUGCACCAGUGUCAACCGAAACAUUAGUUUUACACCAUCAGCCAUUAGUAGCAAUAUGCAGUCAAAUUUUAUUGGUCUGUGGCAGAGUCAGUAGGAAACCUCUGGGAAAGGAGGGUUCUUUCUUCAAUUCAACCCCAGAGUUUCCUCUCAUUUGUUAAACAUUCCCAUCACGUAGAGCCGGAGUUAUGUUUUAUAGAUUACAAACAAACCAUAUCUCAUUAAAUUCAUAUCUCCACAGGUUUAAAUUACAUGAUUCGAGCCUUUGUAAAAGAAACUGUUGAACAUUUUUUUUAUAAAUGCAUCAGGUUUACAGCCCAAAGAACUGAACUUUUCCAUGAUCUCGUUUGUGCAGGAGUGCGUAGAUCGUGGAUGGAAUUUGUGCUUAAGCCGGUAAGAAACGUGGAAAAAGUGUUCCAAGCUCUUGGAAACUACGUUUUCAGUUGCCGUAGGUUUUGAUGGUGUGUUUUAUUAUUGGUUUGCAUGGUCAGAAUUCCAUUCUGCAACUUUCUGGUUCAGUCCAUUUGCGUUUGUAUGCUGCUGUUAUGAACUGUUUUUUUUUCUCUGCCUAUCUUUUUGUGUGUUGUGCCAUGAACUGUAAUCGAUGCUGUUGUAUUGCUUUGGCGUGAAUCAUUCCAACGAAUGGAACGCCAAUAAUAUUAUAUCUGUCUGUCUGUCUGUCUGUCUGACGUUAAACCCCAGGAAUUAAUCCAUUCAUUCAGAAACUCAAUCACACAAUCACCUGCAAACUUCAUGACUGCCUUCAUAUGCAUUCAUAUGGUGUAAAUCAUCAGUCAAAUAAAACAUUUGAAA